AUGACUAACUACCAUUUUAUCCAAAUAACCUUCGCCCCCUACCCCAGGAAGAACCGGCACGACCCCAGCCUGGACAUAAAGGGAGAGCUUCUCGACACGUCAGCGGCGAAACACAAGAUUAAGGUUCGACCGAAGAAGAAACAUCCUCGUAGUAAGGUCCUUGGCAGGAGUGACGAGAGAGGAAGAUGGCUAGUACGUGUGAUAGAAGACGUGCAAGGCGGCGAGCUUCGAACGCGUCAAGGUUUUGUACCAUCAGACGUCUUGGAGGAGAAGCAGACUGCAGAGAAGGACCUUAACGCUUUAGCUGCAAGAAGACAAGCUGUAGUACGAGAGUUAAUCGAAACGGAAGAGGAAUUCGGAAGAGACAUGCAACAAGUCGUAUCCCGGUACAUGAAACCAAUCGACAAAGCCACAGCCCCCAAGCCCGUGUUUGACAAUCGUGAGCUGCUGUUCUCCAACUUCAGGCAAAUCUGCGAGUUUCAUAAUACGGUACUACUGGAAGGUAUAAAGUAUUACGCUGGAGAGCCGAAGAUGCUCGGUCGUGCAUUACUGCGGAUGGAGAGAGAGUUUGACAAGCAUGUUGCUUACUGCCGUGAUGAGGCCCGAGCGCAGCAUCUACUCGCUAGUGAUCCUGUGGUGAAGCAGUAUUUCCAAUUGAAAGCAUUAGGAUUGCUGGGGCGCCGACAAGCUCGGUUGUUAGGCAAUCAGCCAAAAACUAGAAUAGUUUGGAUGCCGCCGCAUCUCGGGGCGUGA